AUGGCGGGCGGCGGCCGCCCCGAGGGGUAUCGCGAGGGGCGCGCGUGGAAGGCGCGCGUGCUGUCGACCACUGCCACUGGAGCUGUGCUGGGAAUGGCGGGGGGAGUGGUGGCAGCAGCGGUGGGGGCAGCACCGCCAGCAGCAGCAGUUGUGGCCAUCACCAGCAACUGCUGCAUCGCUGCUUUCUGUGUGGCAGGUAGGACGUGGGGAAGUUGUGACCCCACCAACACCUCUGCUCCACUCCCCCCUGUUUCCCCCUUCACGUAUGGAGGAGGCAGUGAGGGAGGUCUGGAGGAGGCAGUGCGGGAGGUGCGAUACUCGCUGGCCUCCGACCGCCUAUUUACCCGCCCGUCCCCAUUUUCAUCUUCCCCCUCUGCAGGUCUGGAGGAGGCAGUGAGGGAGGUGCGAUUCUCUCUGGCCUCCAACCCCACCUCUACCCCGUGCACCCUCCCUUCCUCCUCCCUUUCAUCUAACCUCUCCCUUGCCCUGUGCCCCCAUUCCCUCCUUCCCCUUUUCAGGUCUGGAGGAGGCAGUGAGGGAGGUCUGGAGGAGGCAGUGAGGGAGGUGCGAUAUUCUCUGGCCUCUGACCCCACCAACGGGCUGCUGGGGGGCGCUCUGGCUGGAGCUCUCUUUGGGCGUCUGCGAGGUGAGAAAAGGGGUGGGGAGGGGUGGGGUAAGAGGGAGGUUGGAAAGACAAAGGUUGGGUUGUUGGGAAGGGUGAGGGAGGUGCGAUUCUCUUUGGCCUCUGGCCCCACAAACGGGCUGCUGGGGGGCGCUCUGGCUGGGGCUCUCUUUGGCCGGCUGAGGGGUGAGUUGGUUGGGAGUGGUGUGAAGGGUUGGGAUAAGAGGGUGGUUGGGAAGACACAAGUAGGUAUUGGAAGGGUGAGGGAGGUGCGAUUCUCUCUGGCCUCCGACCCCACCAACGGGCUGCUGGAGGGGGCUCUGGCUGGGGCACUGUUUGGUCGGCGGCGAGGUGAGAAGGGGGAAAGGGGCUGGUUGGGAAGGAGGUGGGAGGGCGAGGUGAGGACGACAGGUAAGAGUGAGAGGUUUGGGGAAAAGGGGCAAGAGGGUGGUUGGGAAGCGAAGGGUGAGGGGGUGGGAAGGGUGAGAGAGGUGCGCAUCUCCCUCCCCGGCUUCCGACCCAACCAACGGGCUGCUGGGGGGCGCUCUUGCUGGGACUCCAUUCGGUCGGCCGCGAAGAGGCUACAGUGCAGUCACGCAGGGGUCAGCACAGGAAUCUCCAUGGUUUCUCUUACGCCUUCUCCUCUCCCCUGUUGCGUUUCCUCUCUUCCCCUCUGUCCUCCAGGCAGCAGAGACAUCGCCAUCCGGGCAGCUGUAAUGUUUGGCCUGGCCGGGGCAGGGCACCGGGCAGCCGUGGAAAGUUUCAAGGAGUGGCGCAUUCAGCAGCUCAUGGCUGCCCGCAUGGCAGACCACACAGGCGACCCUCAUGCCUCCCAUGCACACAUGGCAGCAGACACAGGUGCAGCCACUGCAGCUUCUUCCCCACCAGAUGCCACUGCAGCCCCCCUCUCACAGUCACCAGCAGCAGCAGCAGGAGCCCAGGCAGGAGCACUGCAAGGGAAGGAGCAGGGCGUGGGAGAGCGGAGCGAGCAGGCAGGGGUGAAGGAGGGAGGGCGGUGGGAGUGGCCAGAAUGGCUGCCGGUGCGGCGGCUAGGUGAGGACGAGGUGAAGCAGCGGCAGGAGGAGUUCAGACAGAGAGUGGCAGCAGCACAGCGGCUGGAAAUGGCUGGUUCAGGGAGGGAGGGAGGUGAUGGAGGUGCAGAAGAGGCAGGAGGAGGUGCAGAAGAGGCAGGAGGAGGUGCAGAAGAGGCAGGAGGAGGUGCAGAAGAGGCAGGAGGAGGUGGAGAAGAGGCAGGAGGAGUUCUGACGGGGAGUGGCAGCACAACGGCUGGAAAUGGCUAG